AUGCAUCAUUUGAACAUUUUCUACCUCCUUGGAGCAUUCGCUUACGCUGCUGAAGCGCCUGCAGCCAAUAAUACCACCAGUCCCGUUCAUCAGAAUACAGCAAUCGACCAUGCGGCCCAUGCUUGCCCCAACCGUUCGUACGAUCGCCAAUGCGGCCGAGACUGGGACUACACCAGCUACCCCACGAACCAGCAAGACCGUGCAGAUGCUGUGGUGGAGAUGUUCCGACAUGCCUGGGACGGCUAUCGCCAGUUUGCGUACCCACACGACGACCUUCUACCAAGGAGCAACAGCUACAGCGACAGCCGUAAUGGAUGGGGUCUCACGAUGAUCAACUCCCUGGACACCGCCAUCAUAAUGGGGCAGCAAGACAUCGUGGACAUUAUUCUGCACUUCAUUCCCACUGUGGACUUCACCAAGAACAAUUCACCAGAUUCCGCGGAUACGAGUCUCUUCGAGACCACGAUCCGGUAUCUUGGAGGCCUCUUGUCGUCUUACGAUCUGCUCAAAGGACCUUUCGCGCACAUGGUCACGGACGAGAAGAAGGUGGAUGUUCUUCUGAGCCAGGCAGUUCGGCUGGCGGACACGCUGAAGUUCGCUUUCAGUACGACCACAGGGCUUCCGGUCAACGGACUUUACAUCGAUAUGCAAACUUCCACCUUUGACUCGCUGCUGGAAAAUGGCGACUCUGCUUCCGGACUGGCAGAGCUUGGUACGCUUGUGUUGGAGUGGCAGCACUUAUCUGAUCUGACCGGAGACCCACUGUAUGGCGACCUCGCGCAAAAGGCAGAGGCGUACUGGUUCAGAAAUGUGACCGAAAUAUUUCCCGGCCUCACUGGUAUCAAAUUCAGUGUCGAAAACGGCUCCACCAUCGACGAUGCAGGAGGCUGGACCAGCGGAAGUGACAGCGCGUACGAGUAUCUGAUCAAGAUGUACGUCUACGAUCCAGAACGAUACGGCAACUAUAGCGAGCAGUGGCGCAAGGCUGCAGAUUCCACCAUCGAGCACUUGCUCAGCAGUCCAAGCAGUCGGCCAGACCUCGUCAUGGCGGGAAGGUAUCGGGGCAAGAUCGUGCGUCCGGAAACCGACUAUCUGGCCUGCUUCAUCGGCGGGAACUUCCUCCUCGGCAGCACCGCUCUGAAUGAACCAAAGUACCGCGAGUACGGACUGAAAUUCAGCGAGUUUUGCGCAAAUGGGUAUCGCCACACAUCCUCUGGCAUUGGUCCAAGUCGGUCCAGCUGGAACAACACGGAGCUUGACAGCGACCCAUCCCUCGCUGACCAGACCGAGCACUACAAGCAUGCCGGCUUCUUCAUUCCCACAGGCCAUCUUGACGGCGGCCAAACCCCCGAGGCAGUAGAAUCAUGGUACUACGCCUAUCAAACCACCCGCGACCAGUACUGGCGCGACGUAGCAUGGGCGUACGCCAUCGCCCAAAACAAGACCGAGCGUCUUCCUGUGGGAUUCGGCAGUCUGCAGAAUGUCCUGGCGGAAGAUGGAGGUGGCACGGAUGAUUUCAUGCCGAGCUUCAUGUUGGCUGAGACGCUGAAGUAUCAGUUUUUGAUCCAGUCGCCGAAGGAGGGAGUGUGGAAUGUGCAGCAGGGUGAGAACAAGACGAAUUUCUUCGUGUACAACACUGAGGCGCAUCCGUUCAGGGUGGCAGCGAAGCAUCCAGUAUGA